AUUCAAGUUGGAUUGCAUCAGCCGUAUCGGUUGGAUGUGCGUAGUUACGCUGUGAAUAUUUUUGGACAAUUGUCGGUGUUUUACACCAGUUUCUUUAUUAUCUUUAAUUUAAACAAAUAUACAACUUCGUGGCUUGGCGUCAGAAACCCAAUUCACGGUUUUAAACCUGUUAUCAAAAAGACAGAAUGGCGUAUGGACUAGCUUUAUAGGUCCACUGAGCCAAAAGAGCACCAAACCUUGCACUGAGCUGUAUAUUGUACCAGUCAUUUUAUAUGCUCACCAAUGCUUAUACAUUGCUGACAAUUUCUGAUACAAAAGCACGCUACGUACUUGUGCGUUUGUGACGUACACAUCAUACAGUAAAUGAUCAACAAGCACAAAAAAAUUGAAGUGAUUUGUGACGCAAACGAACUUACAAGUUUAACGUUAUUGUAAUGAAUUUACUAAAAAAAAGUAAAUUUUGGUAAGAAUGGAACAUACAAGGCAAUUGUCUGUGCUGUUUGUUCUACUGCUAUUGCACUGCACAUCAUCUACUUAUUUCGAAGAUCCAUUUACUCGGCAACUUGAUGAGCCUGCCAGAAUCAGCUGGCUUUUUUCCAAUACCUCAGCUAGAGCUAAAAGAGAUCUAGGAAUUGACUUUGACGAUGAUAAUUCUCCAAGAAUUAUAAAUGGCAAGUGUCGUGAUAAGUUGAAUCGUCUCUGCGGUGAUAUAGAUAGGAAUAAUGACGAACUGAUGUUGUUAGAAUGCAUUCAAACUUUCAAGCCUACUGAGAUAUCUGGUAUCGAUCAAAAGUGUCAGGAAGCAAUUUGGAUUUAUAUUCAAAAUAUUACAGACAAUCAAAACAUAGAAAGGCUUGCCAGAAAGGCAUGUGGCAAGCAACUUGAUAGCCUGCAAUGUUCCAGCUCUGAUAAAGCUCAUGGAGCAUAUCUGUCAUGUCUGAUUGAUAAAAGAGAAAUGGUCAGAGAUCCUGAUUGUAUUACUUAUAUUCAAAGACUAGAAUGGAUUGCUUUCAGUGAUUUCAGAAUUCUAACUCCUUUUAAAACAGACUGUGCAAGUGACAUUAAGAAAUUUAAAUGUGACAGUCUGCAACCAUACAGGGAUAUAUCACAAGGUCAGAUACUAGCUUGUUUACAGGAGCAUGUUGAUCAACUACAGCAUGAGUGCAGGAGACAUAUUUUAUAUGUGUCAGAGAUCCAGGCUGAAAAUAUCAGGCUAGACCGUCAACUAUAUAUGGCAUGUGCUCAUGAUCAUAUUAAGUUUUGUCCUAACAUUCGACCUGGGAGUGGUCAAGUCUAUAAGUGUUUGAUGCAACAUAAAACUGAUAGAUCGAUGACUGCGCAAUGUCAGGAGCAAUUGACAAGGAGAGAGAAGCUCAUUGCUUCUGACUACAAGAUCAGUAAAGGUCUAGUCAAAGCGUGUAAAGAAGAUAUCAGAAAUAAUCACUGCCGGCGAUCAGUGUCCGAAGAUAAAGAGAUUAAAUUGGCGCAAAUUUUAUUAUGUCUAGAAUCUGCUGUAAAAAAUGGCAGCAAGAUUGAUGGAAAUUGUCAAGCAGAAAUGUUUGAUCACAGAAAACUUCUGAUGGAAGAUUACCGAUUAUCACCAGAGAUUGUAGAUGGUUGUGCCAACGAUAUCACGACUUUCUGUAACAGUCUCGAGGUCGGCGGUGUUACGAUACAUUGCCUGAUGGAACAUACAAGGACGAGAAAAAAGAAAUCGCGAGUUUCGCCAAGAUGUCAAAGAGCGUUGGAGGAGUUGAUUAUGGAGGCUGAUGCUGGUGAAGAUUGGAGAAUCGAUCCAGUUUUAAGAGAACAAUGUCAACCAGUGGUUAGCUCAGCUUGUAGAGAUAUACACGGUGGAGACGCCAGAGUAAUAUCUUGCCUAAUGGAACAAUUAGGAACGGAAAGAAUGACUGAAGCCUGCGAAACUGCUCUAGUGCAGAUACAGUACUUUAUUGCUAGAGAUUUCAAACUUGAUCCGCAAUUAUAUAGAGCCUGUAAAUUCGAUGCCGCACAUUUUUGUCAUGCAAGAAACGCGUGGGCUAGCGAUGGCAAACAGAUGGAUCCUGAAACAGGACCUCUCGUACUGCCAUGCUUAUAUCGGCACGCAUAUCAAAAAAAUAUAACACUCAAACCAGAUUGUUUAGAUGAGAUUAGAAGAGUCAUGAGACAACGUGCUGUAAACGUUGAUUUACAACCAGAGAUAGAAGAAGUGUGCUUUAACGAAUUAGCGUCACUUUGUUAUGAUAAAACCGCGAAAGGAGAAGAGAUUCUCUGUUUGCAGGAUAAUUUAGACAAUUUAAACAAAAAGUGCAAGCUUGCGGUCGGAAAUUUCACCGAGGAACAAGCGGAGCGCGUUGAACUGAAUCCUAUUAUUUCUUCUGCGUGUCAACAUAUUAUGGAACGUCAUUGCGAGGAAGUAUUGAAAUAUGGAAAAGACGAGGGAGACAUGAUGGAAUGUCUUAUUGAGCACAAGAACGAGCUGGAUUCGCGUACCGACUACAAAUGCAAAGCGGCUGUGGAGCAUUUUCAACUGAUUUCUUUAAAAAAUUACCAUUUUACAUACAAAUUCAAAGAAGCGUGCAGACCUUAUGUGAAGAGAUGGUGUCCGAAAUCAAAGACAAAAGCCGAUGUGAUAGAAUGUUUAAGUUCGAUCGUGCAGGAGGAUAUAAUAAAGGAAUCUCAGCAUCGCGUAUUGAAGGAUUGCAGGCAACAGUUACGGGCGCAACUUUAUCAACAGCGAGAGAAUAUUCAUUUUGAUCCCAUCUUACAAGCGGCUUGUACAAUGGACAUCAAACGAUUUUGUUUUCACAUAGAACCAGGCAAUUCACAGGUUUUAGAGUGUCUAGCAUUGCACAAGUCUAAGUUAUCGGACAUGUGUCACAAGCAACUUUUCAAGGUGAGGAAACAAGAAUUUCAGGAUAGUUCUAGCGAUUUUCCUUUGUUGACCAUCUGUCGUGGUAUGAUCAGACAAUAUUGCCACGAUGUGAGCAAGUCACAAACUUUGGACUGCCUUAAAAGAUACAAAGACGAACUCACUUUCGACGAUAAAUGCAAGAGCAUCGUAAUACGAAGAAUGAUUGAGCAGAAUACGGAUUAUAGAUUCAACACUGCGUUGCAAAAUGCAUGUGGUUACGAUAUUGAAAAACAUUGCAAAUGGGUUUUAAUACGUGAGCGUACUGACAAGGAACUCGAAGGAAAGGUCAUACGUUGUUUAAAAAACAGAUUUCGGGAAUCAAAGCUGACAACAAAGUGCGAACAUCAAAUGGCUAAUAUUCUCAGAGAAGCUGCACUAAAUUAUCACUUAAAUCCAUUAUUAGCGACAAUGUGCGCACACGAGAUCGAAACUAUAUGCCGAUCAGACGAAAAUGAACCGGGCGCUGUUGAAGAGUGUCUCAAGAGGAAAUUCAAUUCUGGAAGUCAAGACAUGACGGAUGAUUGUCGUUUAGAAGUUGCCGAUCUGAUAGAACAAACAAAAGCUGACAUUAACGCGGACCCUUUGUUGCAGAAAGCUUGCGCAGUAGACGUUAGCAAAUAUUGCAGUACCGUACCUCAAGGCGCGGGAAGACAUAUUAUGUGUUUGCAAAAUGCCUUGGAAGACAACAAUAAAUCCUUACAACCUGAUUGUUACAAAAUGUUAAUUACAAGGAUAGAAAUGUUCAAAAACGCUGCCAAGCUGAUGUCAUUAAAUACGUUUGAAGAAUUGUAUUCAACAGUGAAUCGUUCCCCAGCGCGGCGUUACUUUAUGAUUGUUGGAUGCACUAUAAUCGGGGUCAUUUUCACCGUUGGAUUGUUCUGCGGCCGAGUGACUCGACGGACGCACAAGAAGAAUAAGUAACGACGUGAUGUCCGUCCACUAGUGAAAUGACUUUCGUGAAAUCGAGGAACUAUAUAAAAACACGUAACACAUGCAUGAACUGGUCAGCUAUAAAAAGAAAUGCAAGUUUACGACAAAUAAGAGGAGAUAUUGAUCUUUUUAUAUAUCUUUGUUUACGAAGUUUUUCAAGUGCGGCUCUUUGUAUUUGUGAUUAAAAACAAUACGUGAUGUGCAAUGUGGUUAAAUAAUAUACAUGCAAUAUUACGCAGAAUAUAUGUCAGAAAUGACGCAGAAUAUCUAAAGAUAAAGAACGCAAGAUCGUAAGAGAUUAAAUAUGAGAAUGUGUAUAAGUA